CCUGUCCUGUCCCGGCCCCGCCCCUCAGCUGCACAGUGAAUGCUCUGUGUCUGGUUGGUGCUGUCACCACGUGUUAGCCUGAGUCUAGCAGUGAGAGGCUGUGACUAGCUGCAGCAAGGAUGGCACAGGCACCAGAGUUGGCUCUCUUCAGUGUUUCUGACAAGCAGGGGCUUGUGGAGUUUGCCAAGCGGUUGAGCGCUCUUGGUCUAUCCUUGGUGGCUUCUGGUGGAACUGCAAAAUGUCUACGUGAUGCCGGGCUCACUGUCAGAGAUGUGUCUGAGCUUACCGGCUUUCCAGAGAUGCUUGGUGGACGUGUCAAAACCCUUCACCCCGCAGUACAUGCAGGUAUCCUGGCAAGGAGCACCCCUGAAGACCAAGCAGAUCUUACUAGAUUAGGUUUCAGCUAUGUCAGGGUGGUUGUCUGUAACCUGUAUCCUUUUGUGAAGACUGUGUCUGCAGCUGGUGUCACAGUGGAGGAAGCUGUUGAGCAGAUCGAUAUUGGUGGUGUAACACUACUGCGUGCAGCUGCCAAGAACCACGCCCGCGUUACGGUUCUUUGUGACCCCAGUGAUUACAACAGUAUUGCAGAUGACAUGGAAAAAUCUGAACAGAAGGACACUACCCUGGAGAAACGCUGCCAGCUGGCCCUGAAGGCAUUUACGCACACUGCACAAUACGAUGACGCCAUAUCGGAUUACUUCCGCAAGCAGUAUAGUAAAGGGGUAUCCCAGCUGCCGCUACGAUAUGGAAUCAAUCCUCACCAGAUACCUGCUCAGAUCUUUACUCGUGGAGCACAACUUCCACUCACCGUGCUGAAUGGAUCUCCUGGGUUUAUUAACCUAUGUGAUGCUUUGAACGCCUGGCAGCUGGUGAGGGAGCUGAAAAAGGCGCUAGGACUCCCCGCAGCCACUUCAUUCAAGCACGUGAGCCCAGCAGGUGCCGCUGUGGGUGUUCCACUGUCUGAGGAAGAGGCUCAGGUCUGCAUGGUGCAGGACCUGUACACAACACUCACCCCAUUGGCCACUGCUUACGCCAGAGCUAGAGGUUCUGACAGAAUGUCCUCGUUUGGUGACUUUAUUGCCAUUUCUGAUGUGUGUGAUGUUCCCACUGCAAAAAUAAUAUCUCGGGAGGUGUCUGAUGGAAUUGUGGCUCCGGGAUAUGAGGAAGAGGCUCUUAAAAUCCUGUCCAAAAAAAAGAAUGGGGGCUAUUGUGUCUUGCAGAUGGACCCAACUUACGAGCCAGAAGGCAGUGAGAUUCGGAGCCUUUUUGGCCUACACCUGGAGCAGAAGAGAAAUGAUGCCGUUAUAGAUGGCUCACUUUUCAGCAACGUAGUGACUGCAAAGAAAGAGCUCCCGGAGUCUGCUGUCAGAGACUUGAUUGUAGCCACCAUUGCACUGAAAUAUACCCAGUCUAACUCUGUGUGCUAUGCCAAGGAUGGACAGGUGGUAGGAAUCGGUGCCGGGCAGCAGUCCCGCAUACACUGCACUCGUCUUGCCGGCGAUAAAGCUGAUAAUUGGUGGCUGCGGCACCACCCACGGGUUCUCGGCAUGAAGUUUAAGGCAGGCGUGAAGAGAGCGGAGAUCUCCAAUGCCAUUGAUCAGUAUGUGAGCGGUACAUUAGAAAAGGAGGAGCUAGAACAAUGGAAGGCCCUUUUUGAGCAGCCUCCAGAACUUCUGUCCUGUGAAGAGAAGCAAAGCUGGAUUUCUACUCUUAGUGGGGUCUCUCUGAGCUCUGAUGCCUUCUUCCCGUUCCGGGAUAAUGUGGAACGGGCGCGUAAGAGUGGGGUUCAGUUCAUCGCUGCUCCCUCAGGUUCCACAGCUGACAAAGUAGUCACUGAGGCAUGCGACGAGCUGGGCAUUGUGUUGUCGCACACCAACUUGCGUCUCUUCCACCACUAAUGCUCUAAAAUCCUGUUGUCUACUCAAACUUUUGUGCUGUUACAAUAAAACCUUUUGAUGCAUCGUU